UUGCAAUGUUUAUUAUUUAUCGAAAAUACCUACCUACACAAAACACUUAAAAUGUGUUCUAAUGUGUCCGUAUUUCUUUUAUAGAUCUAUUCUGUUAGAAGUGAAAGUAGGAUUACUUACGAAAAGUCAAAAGUGAUGGCGAUCUAAAGUUGGUAGUCCAUACCUAUAUCCUUAAUUUAAUGAAACGUAUGAUUAUUAUUUCAAGUAUGGACUACGAUUAUCUUAUCAAACUGCUUUGUGUCGGUGACUCUGGUGUUGGGAAGACCAGUUUUUUGUACAAAUAUACGGAUGGAGUAUUUCAUACACAGUUCAUUUCAACUGUUGGAAUUGACUUUAGAGAGAAAACUGUGAUUUAUCAACAAAAUGAAAGACAGCAUAGAAUCCAUUUGCAAUUGUGGGAUACCGCAGGACAGGAAAGGUUUCGAAGUUUGACCACAGCAUUUUAUAGAGAUGCGAUGGGCUUUUUACUGUUGUUUGAUCUGACAAAUGAAGCAUCCUUUUUAGAGGUCAGAAAUUGGAUUGAACAAUUAAAGACGCACAGCUUAACUGAUGAUCCAGACAUAGUGUUGUGUGGGCACAAGUGUGACCUUCAGGAGAAGAGACUAGUCAACCAGAACCGAGCUCGAGAAUUCGCUAAGAACUACAACCUUCCUUAUAUGGAAACUAGUGCCAAAACAGGACAGAACAUUGACCGAGCUAUAGAAAUAUUGCUGGAUAAAGUUAUGUACAGGAUGGAGACUUCUGUUGAAUAUGCAAUGCUGUGUGCGUCAGGCAAACGGCGCCAGUCUCUUCAGAAACUUCAAGCGAGACAGGAACGGAAAUUCUGCUCCUGCUAAAAGUCUGUGAUUUUGAUACAUUUUGUCUUGUAUUUACAAAAUUUGCCAACUAUAAAAAUUUUGGUCCUUUUGAAUAUUAACUUAUAUUACAAUGUUUACUAUUAUUCAAUUUUGAAUUUAAAAUAUUUGGUCGGUAUUGUAAAAUUCGAUAAGUCUUUAUAUUAAGAAAAUUGAGACACUGAAUAUAAGAGACUGAUAACAAUUUUGUUCGUAUUCAACAUUUUGUUAGUAAGGGUAUUUCAGAAUUCAGAC